AUGGUCCUUGCGUCACUUCCGCUCAACAUGGCGUCCUCCGCAGGGGAAGACAGCGUGAGCGACUCUCAAAAGAAUAAAAACAACAAAAAGAACCAAAAUCAAGUGGACGAGAGCGAGCUGCUGACGGUGCCUGAUGGAUGGAAAGAGCCGACGUUCACUAAAGACGAUAAUCCCCGCGGUCUGUUGGAGGAGAGCAGCUUCGCCACGCUCUUCCCCAAAUACAGAGAGGCGUAUCUGAAGGAGUGCUGGCCCCUGGUGGAGAGCGCCCUGCAUGACAGCCACAUAAAGGCGACUCUGGACCUGAUCGAGGGCAGCAUGUCCGUCUGCACCACAAAGAAAACGUUUGAUCCGUACGCCAUCGUCAAAGCACGAGACCUGAUCAAACUGUUGGCCCGGAGUGUCCCGUUUGAACAGGCGGUUCGGAUCCUUCAGGACGACGUCGCCUGUGACAUCAUAAAAAUCGGGACGUUGGUGAGAAACAGAGAGAGGUUUGUGAAGAGGAGACAGAGGCUCAUCGGCCCCAAAGGAUCCACACUCAAGGCUCUGGAGCUGUUGACAAACUGUUACGUGAUGGUUCAGGGAAACACGGUCUCUGCUCUGGGGCCCUUCAACGGACUCAAGGAGGUGCGAAAAGUGGUGAUGGACACAAUGAAAAACAUCCACCCCAUUUACAACAUAAAGACACUGAUGAUCAAACGGGAGCUGUCCAAAGACCCUGAGCUGCGGAGUCAAAGCUGGGAGCGUUUUCUGCCCAAAUUCAAACACAGAAAUCUGACGAAGCGAAAAGAACCGAAGAAGAAGAGCGUGAAGAAGGAGUACACACCGUUCCCGCCUCCUCAGCCAGAGAGCAAGGUGGAUCAGGAGUUGGCCUCUGGAGAGUUCUUCCUCAGAGAAAGUGUCAAACGACGAAAGAAAAUGGAAGAGAUCAAGGUGAAACAGGCUGAAGCUCUGACCAAAAAACAAGAAGAGAGAAACAAGGCCUUCAUUCCUCCAAAAGAGAAACCGCUGAUAAAGAAAACCAACAAAGCGACGUCCGAAGGAAAACUGGACCUCGAGGCGCUCAAAGAAAAAGUGAAAAAGGCCAAAACCAAAAAACUGGGCGCUCCUCCAGUGAAGCCGACUCCUGACAGCUCCUCCACCGCCUCCACAGACAAGAAGAACAAGAAGAAACACAAAAGCGUAACGUAACGUGCCGACUCCGAUGAGCGCCGGAGCCGGACUGAACUGUGAAACACGAGACUGCGGUUUGGGACAAUGACGGGAGACACAACGGGAACAUUCUGGAAAACUUCACCCGGACACAAACCGACGGACACGAGGAUUCUGAUGUUUUUAUUUUGUUCUGUAAAGAAUCAGUAAAGUUGUUUUCAAAGUG